AUGAAUCUGCGGCGGUGCGUGCAGGCGCUCCUGCUGCUCUGGCUCUCCCUGACCGCGGCGUGUGGAGGGCCCCUGCUGCAGCCUUCUGAUGGGAAUGGGCUGGAGGAAAGCAAUGUCCGCCAUCUGGUGCAGCCCAGAGGGUCGAGGAACGGACCAGGGCCAUGGCAGGGAGGUCGGAGGAAAUUCCGCCGCCAGCGGCCGCGCCUCUCCCACAAGGGCCCCAUGCCUUUCUGAAGCAGGACUGAACGGGUCCCUGAGUACCCACCCCCUGCAACUCUCACCAGUCCAUAGAUUGGUCUGCUUCUCUGGAGCCCUCACAUCCAUUCGCCUCUCAUCUUGCACCUGUCCUCGCUGCUGAUGGUCCCGGCUCUUCUCACCCACCGGCUUCCGCAAAUGGCGUGAUCCUGCCCCUAGUUGGGAUGAUUCCCUUUCUCUCCAAUGGAUCCAUUCAGCCCCUCUUCCUGGCUCUUCCCUAGACUGAUUUUGGAGACCCAGCACUGGAAGGCCAGCCUUCUCCUACCCCACCCCCCUUCCUCUAGUCCCCACCUCCUCCCAUCUAACAGCCCAAGCAUCACCCAGCCCAUUCUUCCUCGGGCGUGCUCUGCGGGCUGGGGGGAAACACUCCCUUCUUCAGUGGGCCUCAGCAGAUCCCAGGCUUUCCAGUCAGGUGGACCCUUCACCAGGCAAGGAGCCUCUGGUUAGAGGGGCUGGGGCAUCAGGAUGCAGACAGGUGCCUGGGGAGGGGCAUUGGAAUGGGGGUUGGUUCUCUGGUGAAGGGGAGAUGGGAGGCAUUGGAGAAGAGGAGGGAUAGCUGCUAUGGCCUUUCCUUCAUCCCAUGUUUGGCUUAAGGAAGAGGCAAAGGAGAGGGGCCAUGAAGUACUUUGUUACCUCUCUCACCUUUCUGUGUCUCCUAACACUGCCCCCCACCCCACCCCCAACUCCUUCCCUCCCUUGCCAGCUAGUUUAAGCUCUCACUCAGGAGAUGGCUCUGUACCCUCCCAGGAGCAAAAGCCAAGCAAGAGUGUUUUUUGCCAAGAAUCGCAAUACCAGCGCCAAAAGGAACCUAUUUGAUCACUUAGCUCCGCCUUCUUAUGCAAACUCCUGCAAAAAUGGACCUGGAGAGGGAUAGUGACCUAUUCAGGGUCACUGCAGAGCCAGAAUGAGGACCCAGGUCUCCCGCCCCCAUUUGAUGAUGUCCUCUUCCCUCUUAAUGAUAUCUUUUCAGAACACAUUAAGUGCCUUUCCCAAGGUUGGGGCUGGGGGUGGCAGGGAAGGGAGAAGCAAGCCAGCUAUGAACUGCCCCGUGGUGGUGUGGGGAAUGAGCUGCUCCCGCCUCCCUGGCCUGCCCCUGCCAGUCCAUUUCCCAACUGGGGCUGGAAAGUUCCAUAACUUGCCAGCUGCCCCCAUUCCUGCAGCACUUCCAGACCCCAGGUAUUCUUAUAGGGGCAGCUCAGGUAUUGAGGCUACUGUUCCAACCCCAACACUGGUUUUCAGAAGCCAGAAGGUAGCCUUCAGGAAUUGGACUCAGUAGCCUUCCCUUCAUGUUGACUGGACCUUCUUUCCCAGGGGCCUUUCCUUAGGGGAGGGGCAAGGGGGAGAAGAAGGAAGGGAGGGAAGGAAGGAGAGAAGGAAGGAAGGAAGGAAAGAUGGGAGGAAGUAUAGGUCCGAGUAGGCUUCCUUCUCAGAGGCCUCCCAGGGGAGACAAGAGCCUGAUGGCCACCUAUGUAUGUGUGGGGACAGGGGGAGUCAGGGCCCCCCGAGUCCCACAGUAAUCCCAAUAUUGCCUAACUGCCUCUCCCCCUUACCUCCGCUGCUGCUAAUGCUACUGCUGCUGCUGCUUCAAGGCCCACCCUGAGGAGCCAGUCUGGGCACCUGCUUCCCCCUACACCCCUCAGGCUGGGAGUGGGGGCUGGCCAGUGUCCAGAAAGCCUCUUCUGCCACUGAUGCCCCCACCAGGGAUUGGGCCUUCUUUCCCUUCCCCCUCUCUGUGUCUCCUGCCUCAUCAGCUGCCCAGCCCCAUGGGGAAAGGGGGAAAGCUGGGGAAGGUCCAGAGACACAGGGUGGAAGAGGGCAGUGGGGGGCUGGGGGACCGUCUUAUUUAAACUGGUUGUGUAUGAUUCUUAUACUAAUUUAUACAAAGAUAUUAAGGCCCUUUUCAUUAAGAAAUUGUCCCCUUCCCAUAAUUAUGUUCACUGUGUUUGUAAAGAUUGUUCUGUGUAAAUAUGUCUUUAUAAUAAAGAGUUAAAAAGCUGACAAUUCA